CCCGAGUCUACACCGACUUUUCCGAAUCUUCAUCUCCAAAUUCUAGUUUCCUCAACUUGAAUUUCACCAGUUUGAAGCCGAUUCUGAUCGUGAAACCGAAAUCCGAAUCCGAAAUCAAACAAUCAAUUCUAUGCAGCAGGAAACUUGGAGUGCAAGUAAGAAUCAUGAGUGGUGGUCAUGACUACGAAGGUCUAUCUUACCUCUCACAAUCACCAUUCAUAAUCGUUGACCUCGUUAACCUCAGAUCGAUCAACCUCAACCUCACAGACGAUACCGCUUGGAUCCAAUCGGGCGCAACACUCGGCGAACUCUAUUACAAAAUCGCCAAAACCAGCAAGAUCCAUGCCUUUUCCGCAGGGAUAUGUCCAAGUGUUGGUGUUGGCGGGCAUAUUAGCGGAGGAGGAUUCGGUACAAUAAUGAGAAAACAUGGUUUAGCGUCUGAUAACGUUGUAGACGCGCGUUUGAUGGACGUAAAUGGGAAAACUCUUGACCGGAAAACGAUGGGAGAGGAUUUGUUUUGGGCGCUUAGAGGUGGUGGAGCUGCGAGUUUUGGCGUUGUCUUGUCAUGGAAGGUUAAGCUUGCUAGGGUUCCUGAAAAGGUAACUUGUUUCAUAAGUCAACACCCGAUGGGACCAAGCAUGAACAAGCUUGUUCAUAGAUGGCAAUCCAUAGGAUCAGAGCUAGACGAAGAUUUAUUCAUCAGAGUCAUUAUUGACAACAGUCUAGAAGGGAAUCAAAGAAGAGUGAAAUCAACAUUUCAAACUCUGUUUCUUGGUGGAAUCGAUAGAUUGAUUCCUCUAAUGAACCAGAAGUUUCCGGAACUCGGUUUACGAUCUCAAGACUGCUCGGAAAUGAGCUGGAUCGAAUCGAUAAUGUUCUUCAACUGGAGAUCAGGACAGCCGUUAGAGAUUUUGCUCAACAGAGACCUAAGAUUCGAAGAUCAGUAUUUCAAAGCAAAAUCAGAUUAUGUUCAAAAACCCGUUCCUGAAAACGUUUUCGAAGAAGUAACCAAGAGAUUUCUCGAGCAAGAUACUCCAUUGAUGAUCUUCGAGCCAUUGGGUGGGAAAAUCAGCAAGAUUUCAGAAACAGAGUCUCCAUAUCCACACAGGAGAGGGAAUCUGUAUAAUAUACAGUACAUGGUGAAAUGGAAAGUGAAUGAAGUCGAGGAGAUGAACAAACAUGUUAGGUGGAUGAGAUCGCUACACGAUUACAUGACUCCGUAUGUUUCUAAAUCGCCGAGAGCAGCUUAUUUGAAUUACAGAGAUCUUGAUUUGGGCACGACCAAAGGGAUCAAUACGAGUUUCGAAGAUGCGAGGAAAUGGGGUGAGGCAUAUUUCAAAGGUAAUUUCAAGAGAUUGGGUUUGGUUAAAGGGAAGAUUGAUCCCACAAAUUUCUUCAGGAACGAACAGAGUAUUCCUCCUCUGUUAUGAUUACUCAACACAAAACCAGAUAUAAAAGAUUCAUUUCUUGUUUUCAUUUAUCUAGAUAUUGUAACUUUCUGCUAUAAUUGUAGAAGUUAUAAAAUAAACCGAUUUGAUUUCA